CAAUGUAGACUAGAUCUACUUGCUAGUCUUCGCUCGCCUGUGCUGUGGUAUUGUGGAUAGCUUGCGCAGGCAGCAUAGAUCUACUCCUUCUGCGUCGCUACCCUGUCCUUCGUCUUUGCCAACUAGUGUUGCCACAGAUAUCCCCAUUCCAAACGAAAGCUUGACCGCUUGCCUGUUGAUCGGAGGCGACACCAACGAGCAAGAUGGGGUCUCUCUUCCGCUCGGAGGAGAUGACGUUGGCCCAACUGUAUCUGCAGUCGGAUGCCGCCUACCGUUCCAUCAGCGAGAUGGGAGAAUUGGGCUUGGCCCAGUUCAGAGAUCUCAAUCCCGAUGUGAAUCAGUUCCAGCGUCGAUAUGUGAACGAAGUGCGACGAUGCGACGAGAUGGAGAGACGCCUGAGGUAUCUGAAGAAGGAGAUUGAGGUAGCAAACGUCCUGAUUGCCCCGCUGCCAGAAGGAAGGUUGCUGGAGGCUCCGCCGCCAGAUCGCAUGCUGGAUUUAGAGGAGAAGCUGAAGGAGACGGAAGACGAGCUGAAGGAGGUCACAGCCAACCAGGAGCGGCUGAACUGCAACUUCCUGGAGCUGACGGAGCUGAAGCACAUCCUGGAGAAGACAGGCCAGUUCUACAAUGAGGCGCAGUUUGUGAUGACUUCCGGAGAAGCCUACAUCGACCAGUUUGCAGAGCUGGAAGAUAUUGAUUCCACCCAAAUACCAACAUCUACAUCCGGAGCUUCGUUGAUGUCUGUUGCUGGCGUUAUCAACCGGGAAAGGAUACCAUCAUUUGAGCGCCUGCUCUGGCGCGCUUGCCGAGGCAAUGUGUUCAUUCGACAAGCCGAGAUUGAGGAGCCCAUGGAAGACCCAACCACACGAGAUGAACUGCGCAAGAAUGUGUUCAUCAUCUUUAUGCAAGGUCAACAGCUGGCGUCGCGUGUCCGCAAGAUCUGCGACGGUUUCCGUGCCACCCUGUAUCCCAUUGCGGACAAACAGGCGGAGCGCCGCGAGAUGCUGGCCAGCGUCCGGGCGCGUAUCGAAGACCUGACCUCCGUGCUGGCCCAGACCACGGACCACCGCUUGCUCCUGCUGCAGGGCAUUGCGCAGCACCUGGAGGAGUGGAUUGUUGUGGCACACAAGAGCAAGGGUAUCUACCACACCAUGAACAUGUGCAAUGUAGACCUGACCUCCAAGUGUCUCAUCGCCGAGUGCUGGUGCCCCGUCGAUCAGCUGGACGAGAUCCAGGCAGCACUGCAACGUGGUCAGAGAAAGAGCAGCUCCCAGGUGCCGUCCAUCUUGAAUCGCAUGGAGACCAAGCUGAAACCGCCCACGUACAACAAAGUCAACAAGUUCACGGCCGCCUUCCAGAACAUUGUGGACGCGUACGGCGUUGCCACCUAUCGCGAGGUCAACCCGACUCCGUAUACCAUCAUCACGUUCCCGUUCCUCUUCGCUGUCAUGUUCGGUGACUGCGGCCAUGGCCUCCUCAUGGCCCUCUUUGCUCUCUACCUGGUGGUGAACGAGAAGAAGCUGGCGCACAUGAAGGGCGGAGAGAUCACAGGCACAUUCUUCGGUGGCCGCUACAUCAUUCUGCUCAUGGGCGCAUUCUCCAUCUACACUGGCAUCAUCUACAACGACUGCUUCUCCAAAUCGUUCAACGUCUUCGGCUCAUCGUGGCAUAUCAACGAAGAGAUCACCGAGAAAACAGAAGAGACGGUAGACCUGUCUGUGGAUACUGACUUCGACAAACACAAUCCUUACCCGUUUGGCUUAGAUCCGAUUUGGCAAUUGGCCAGCAACAAGCUGACGUUCACCAACUCGUUCAAGAUGAAGCUGUCCGUGGUGAUGGGAGUGGGGCAGAUGAUGUUUGGUGUUAUCCUAGGUGUCUUCAACCAUCUUCACUUCAACCGCAAGGUGAACAUCUACGCACAGUUCGUACCCGAGGUUCUGUUCUUGGGUGGCAUAUUCGGUUAUCUGACCUUCAUGAUCUUCUUCAAGUGGAUCUUAGUGGACACGACUUUCAAUGCAGGGAUGGCCGGGCCACCCAGUCUGCUCAUCACGCUUAUCAACAUGUUCCUGUCGUUCGGAAAUGUCGAGAAGGAAAACGAAUUCUUUGCUGGACAGGCCGGAAUCCAGUCGAUCUUGGUGGUGAUAGCCGUACUGUGCGUGCCAUGGAUGCUGAUGAUGAAGCCCAUCAUCCUUUACAUGCGCAACAAGAAAUCCAAGCGCUACGGAAUGCUGGCAACGGCAGUGAUCCGGCCAACAGGCGAUGACACGGAGCAUCUGGUUGUCAACGAAGACGAAGACGACCGCGAUGCCUCUGCAGCGGUCAUGGGCCUGGAGAAUGGCAGGUCUGAUGAGCCAGAGUCAGCCGCAGGUGGUCACGGAGAUGAGGAAGAGUUCAAUAUUGGUGACAUCCUUGUACACCAGGGUAUCCACACGAUCGAGUUCUGCCUGGGCUGCAUCUCCAACACAGCGUCUUACCUGCGUCUCUGGGCUCUGAGCUUGGCUCACGCUGAGCUGUCUGAAGUCUUGUGGGCUAUGAUGUUUCGCAUUGGUCUGAACGCGAUGACCAGCCCGCUUCAGAUCGUCGCCAUCUUCGUCGUGUUCGCCAUCUGGGCAGUUCUGACGAUCAACAUUCUCCUGAUCAUGGAGGGACUCUCGGCUUUCCUGCACGCACUGCGUCUGCACUGGGUCGAGUUCCAAAACAAGUUCUAUGAUGGUCAGGGCGUCAAGUUCACACCAUUUGAUCUCAACAACGAGGCGGAAAGUGACAUAUAGACCCUGGGCUGAGGCUAGAACUUCAGGACAACGAGAGAUAUCCGUCUCAACGUAUCUGUAGCAACUUUAGGACAUUCUCCCCUGCUGUCGCAUUAUUUAUUUCAAUUCCAACUUGGUGAAAUACUAGUGACGCUUGGUCCCUUGGGACGAGCAAAUUUCAUAGGGCUUAUUUCCUUAUUCUGAUAGAGCAAGCACUCCUGACAAUGCAUUUUACUUUCGUGCCAGGUUGCCACCCUUUUUUCUAGCUGGGUAAACUUGCAGCGUAGAAAAGGCAUUGCCUUUAUCUCAAUGGUUCAGCAGCUUUAAACGUGCUGUGAAUACACUGCAACCAGAUGGAUUGCUACCAGUCUCGCUUAGAUGCCCAUUUUCUUAGAAUCAUAAUUAUAGUAAUUAUAGUACAGUACAUUUUGAAAUAUCUUCCCCAGAGCAUUUCAAAAAAAAGUGAAAAUGAAUAUGUGGUUAAAUGAUCACAAGGCGUGGAAACGAA